AAAUACCACUUCCCUUGUUCAGCCCAUCUCCUUGGAACUUGAACAUCAUUCUCUCUCUCACACACAUAUCCUUUCAUCCCCAUGAAGCAGAGUGGUGUUCAUGGCAAGAACUAUCAAAACACAACCCAUCUAACCACCUCCAAGAUCCUCUUACUCAUAACCCUAACCCUAAUCACCCUCACAGUCAUCCCUCUCUAUUUCCCUUUCCACAAAUUCCCAUCUCUCUCCUCCACCACCCAUUCUUCCACCUCUCCGGCCACCACCACACUACCUCACCACCCACUCAUCACCGUCGACGACAACCACUACAAAUGCGAUGUGUUCUCCGGCGAGUGGGUUCCAAACCCUGAAGCCCCUUAUUACCAUAACACCACGUGUUGGGCUAUACAUGAACACCAAAACUGCCAGAAAUAUGGACGACCCGAUUCAGAUUUCAUGAAGUGGAGAUGGAAACCGGAUGAAUGUGAUCUACCCAUUUUUAAUCCUUACCAGUUUUUGGAGAUUGUGAGGGAUAAAUCUUUGGCUUUUGUUGGUGAUUCUGUGGGUAGGAAUCAUAUGCAAUCUUUGAUUUGCAUGUUAUCUAGGGUGGAGUAUCCUAUCGAUAUCUCGACAACAAAAGACGACGACUUCAAGCGAUGGUACUACGUCUCCUACAACUUCACCAUGGCCACAUAUUGGUCACCAUUUUUGGUGAAGUUUGAUCAACCCGAUACUGACGGUCCAACUCACACGGGCGUGUUCAGUUUAUACCUAGACGAGUUUGACAAGAAGUGGACCAACCACAUUGAUGAGUUCAAUUACCUAGUAAUAAACGGAGGCCAUUGGUUCUCACGGCCUUCGUUCUACUAUGAGAACCAUCGCGUGGUUGGUUGCAAAUUUUGUCAACUAGAAAAUGUCACUGACUACCCAAUGACAUUCGGGUAUAGAAGAGCGUUAAGGACCGCAUACAAGGCGAUCAUGAGCAGGAAACAAUUUAAGGGUGUGACGUUUUUACGCACAUUCGCACCGAUGCAUUUUGAAGGUGGGGAUUGGAAUGGCGGAGGGGAUUGUAUUAGAAAAAAGCCUUUCAAGAGCAAUGAGAUAAGGUUAGAGGGUUCUAAUUUGGAGUUGUAUUUGGCCCAAAUGGAAGAAUUUGAUAAAGCCCUAAAAAAGGCGAAUGAAAAUGGGCUGAAGUUUAGGCUUAUGGAUAUAACACAGCCCAUGUUGUUAAGGCCUGAUGGACAUCCAAGUAAAUAUGGGCAUUGGCCCAAUGAGAAUGUGACUUUGUAUAAUGAUUGUGUGCAUUGGUGCCUACCUGGGCCCAUUGACACGUGGAGUGAUUUCUUGCUACAUAUGUUGAAGAUGGAGGGUAGGAUAACUGCCCAAGAGAAGCUUGUCAAUCAAAGGAAAAGGAAAAUAGCAAGUUAAACUUUUUAGUUUUUUAAACACGAAAUUAAGGGGACAGAAAAAGUGAAAAACCCUUUUUUAUAGAAAGUUUGAUUAUUAUCAUUUUAAUUGUUGUUAAUUUUGGGAGUUUUCUUUCUUCUUGUAAUAUGAUUUAUAUCAUAUCACAUCGAAGUAUUUACACGCAAAA